AAGUGAAGAAGACGAAGAAAUUGUACAGAAAGCUUUUAAUAGAACUUUUCAAGAUCCAAGUAACCUUUCGGAAAGGUUCAUACAAUUUAUUGACAAGUGUCUAGAUGAUUACGAAACGAUAAAAGGUUAUUAUGCGCCAUACACAACCUUAGUUCAAGCCAGUGGCACAGGAAAAUCCAAAUUAUUGAUAAAUGUUGCGGAAAAGAUAAUAACUGUAUAUUGUUGCUUGCGGGACUCCAAAUCAAGUGGUUAUCCAUCCAGAUCGGAUAUUGCCAACAUACUAGUAAGAGAUUUUAUGAAUGAACAAGAAGCCAUAGCUACCUACCUUGCAUACAUAUGCGCAUGUUUUCAAAAGAUGCAGGAAUUUGAUGGGGAUUUUAAGGAAUGGAUGGAUUGGCAUACCAAUAAAAAUUCGCAAGAGAAAUUUUGGAGAGAUGUUGAAAACAGAAUGGGAGAUAUCAAGUCCCAUCUUAUGAAAU